ACAAAAAUUGAAUUUUUUAUUUGAAAAUACGACGAAACUUAAAAAAAAAACGGUUGAUUUGCGCGUGAUUCGAUAUUAGCCACCGUUAUUCAGUCUCGAUAAGAGGCGGCGGAAUUACUCAUCUCUAAUAACUAUAAAAUUCCUUUUCGGCCUGUCGGGCGGAUUUUGGAUUGACUGGCUAGAAGGUUAUAGGGAAUACACAGCUAGCAAUGAAAUGACAGUGCCAAGAUGUCGAUAUCAAAAUUAUUCGUGAAAGUCUUCAACGAGGACAUAUUCGAGCAGGUCGAUCAGGACAACCUCUAUUCCGACUUGGACGAUGACUUGGAGGGAGCCAACUGCUCGACAGUGCCGGAUCCAAAGCCCACCAGGAUCGAGGACCUUUCAGUGACCAAGCAGAUGGUCAUUGUGCGGUCAUGGCUCGACGACAAGUUUCAGGCAAUCCAGACGGACAGCAAUGAAGAAAUCCGGCGCUUAUACACCGAAACCGAAAGCCGCAUCGGUCCGGAUCUAACCAUAUUCGAUGUGGACUACACGACUACGGUGCGGGUAUCUUCGGAUCGUCUGGCCCUGCGCUCCCAGGGAAGCUUCAAUACAGUUCGGGCUAAUUGCUGCGUGUACGGCGGCCGCUGGAUGUAUGAGAUUCACCUCCACACCAAGGGCGUCAUGCAGAUAGGCUGGGCCUCCAAUUCCUGCCAGUUCAACGAGAACAGCGGCGUGGGGGACACCAAGUGUAGUUAUGGGUACGACGGCAGUAAGCAACAGAUCUGGCACAUUUCCACCAAGAAGUAUGGGGACAAGUGGCAGAUAGGCGACGUCAUUGGCGUGACCCUCGAUGUGGAGAAGGAACACAUCGAGUAUUUCCGCAAUGGUCGUUCGAUGGGAAUUGCCUUCAACAAGCUGGAGAAGGGCCCGGGCAUCACCUUUUUCGCAGCCAUAUCCCUAGGCUAUACGCAGGGCAUCGAAGCCAAUUUCGGCAAUCGUCCAUUCAUGUAUCCAAUACAUGGCUUCCAGCCGCUUAUGGCCCGGCCCAUUCUUAAGCUGCGACGGGCCAAUCUAAUUAUGAAUUAUCUCUUGAACCUGGCUGCCAUAUUCUCCAAGUACAAUGCCCAGAACGCUGACCAAAGUGCCGGUUUAACGGAGGCACGUGUUUCCACCAAGAAGACUGUGUACUGCAUUUUCGCUACAUUAUUAAUUGAGAAGUUUACCAACGAAAUAUUUGAUCCGUACGUCAUUCAGGACGUCCUGCUGCACCGCAUCUCGAACAUGACAAAUCUGGCUGCCGAAAAGGAGAAUCCAAACAGUGUGCUGCAGGGUCUUCUUUCGCUUUUUUGGAACUACAUGGAGGGCGACGAGGUUAAGUUUGUGCUUCGGAAACUAGUAAAUGCGCUUCUGGCCACUUUUACGCAUACGAUUCAAGGAUUGGAUUAUGAGAAGCACCGACAAGCUCUGGGAAUGCUCCACUGCUUUUGUCUGCAUGAGCAGACUCGCAAGUACUUACUAGAAGGAAAACUCUUCAAGAAGCAUUGUCUUGCCUUUUUCCUCUACAUUCAUCCGCUGGAGUUUUACAUAAUGGAGGAGCUGUUGCCCGACAGCAUGGCCUGGACAGAUGGCAUCGAUGGGCCCAAGGACAAGUAUCUGAGUGUGGUUGACAAGGUGCGCAAGGUGACAGAGCCCCUGCAUUCGGCACAAAAGGAUUUCCUUUCCACUCUUUUGAUCAACACGGAUGGCACGAAGGAAAGUCCCUCCAGUCGUUCCAUUUUUCUAACCAAAAUGCGACGUUAUGUGAUUGAUCUUAGCAUGGAACAACGACCCUUUCACGCUUUCUUUUUUAUGCAGUCGAGCAUUCAACAUCCUCUGGAUGCCCCUGUGGCCCUCGCCUUCGUCUGUAUUUUAAUCGAUCAGGCGCGAACAAUGUUCAAGGAGGAAAUGCCCAGCCGGCAUGUGGAAGUGAAUAGCGAUUAUUUCAUUGACGGAUCCUUCGACUAUAUGCACUUUGAUCGAGUUGGUGGCGUACUCUCCCAUUUGAGGAAGGUUCAUCGAUCAGACAUUGAUCAACGACUUGGGCCUGUACGUACCCAACAGAUUUAUGACGAUGAUCGCCAGAACAUGAGGGUCAACGAAGUGGAUACCACCCUGUAUCUGUUAGGUGAAAACAUAAAUAAUGUUCAAGUUGUGGGUCACACUCAGGGUGCCAACAACACCACCUAUACACACUUUUUGGGCCCGCGACCCAGUGGGUCAAAUGACUCGAGUCCUGGAAAUUUGGACAUGGAGGCCAGUCUCUGUGAGCUGCUGGAUCUUUGCAUCAUUUUCUACUAUUCGGCGGGCCACAAGUACAUUGUCAAAAUAGCUUCAGUGAGAGAUGAAAUAGCUGCCUUGAACGAAGUGCUCAAGGAAACUAAAUACUAUCGCGAGGAUAUAGAACGCAAACUGGUGGCCCUCGAGCAGCAUGCGAAUGUUUGCAUGAACGAGAACCACCAGCAUGUAAUGGGCGAGCUGCGAUCCAAGUUUAGUCAGCGACAAAAUGUCUUUGCGACUCGUUCUAUAUCGUUGGCAAGGAAACAAGUUUGGCUAAGAGGGGUGGCCUUAAAUGGACAAAGAAGGUUCCUCCUUAUAUGGCUUUUGGAACGAAUGUUGCGCACGCUGACAAGUGCCUCAAAUACGGGUUCCUUAUUCUCCUUUGUACCUGAGGUGUAUGUGAAUACACUGCCCAUUUUAUUGGACGCCGUUAUGGACUUCUGCCACCAUGAUUUGAGGGCCCAGUUUGAGGGUUCGGAUUCAGAGUGUGCUGUUAAUGCUGCGGCGGAAUUUUUGGGCCUUCAUUCUGCAGAUCCACGAAUUGUACUUGCAUCUUGCAAGGACUCUCUGCUGCAAGCCCUGGGCACACUUACAUGCCACAAGUCCGGAGUGCGAGCCCUAGAACGAACCUCGAAAAGAUCGCAGGCAUGCUUGGUGCGAGCCUUGUUGCGCCCCUAUGAGAACAGAGCCUGGGGUCAAAGCAACUGGCUGCUGCUCCGCUUUUGGAUGGGAGAGGGAUACGCUUAUAAGGACUCCCGCCAGCCCUUUGUGUGGCAGGGUGGAUCGCUGCCACUUCAUCAGGGAUUGUGUAGGAGUCGCUCCAGGAACGAGACGCAUACGGGGCUUCUUCACAAUAUAGCUCCAGCGAAUCCAUCCAAACAUUUUCAGCGUCUAAUCGGGGCCAAACUAAUGGAGGAUGAGCCCUUUGCCACCGCCUUUCUCAAUUCCGUUUUGAGUCAGUUAAACUGGGCCUUUUCAGAGUUUAUUUUGUUGCUGCAGGAGAUUCAAAAUACUGCGCAGCGACAGGAGAACACUCUGUUUGAACCCAAGCAGCUUAAGAUCUGUUCCAUGUGCUUCGAAUUGACAGUCUCACUGAUGCGAUGUCUCGAGAUGAUUAUCUCAGUGGCUCCUGAGAUUCUCACUGAUGCUUCCCGUCCGAAUAGCGAUCUUCUCCUGAACCGCAUUUGUCAAUUAAUCAGCCAAGUGCUUUCCAGGGUUACAGUGCCGCCUGGAUGCUUCCAGUUUGUGGUGGAUAUGUGCUCGGCGGACCUGAAUGCGGUCACCCACUAUCCGAUUAUAACGGCCGCCUUGGGUAUUCUCCUGGCCCUAAUGCAGGAGGAGAUGGACAAUGAUUUGACACCGCAGAUUGUGACCAGGGUAUCACGCGCCUUUCUUACCGAUCCCAGCUUUCAGUUUGCCACUCUCGAGUUUGCCUUGGGGGAGAUACGAACUCCACUGCUGGAGCAGAAGAACAUACCAAGGGGUAACUUCGAUCCUUCAGCCAGGCCACACAUAGAUCCAUUGACAAACGAUGUGCGGGUACCGCUGCCAAACAAUUCUAAACGAAUUCGAGCCGAUCCACCGAUUUUGAAGUUUGCUUUAAGUGAUUUUCCCUCCCAUGUCUCGGGGGAUGAGAUUGACAAUGUGCGCCGUUUAAUAGAGAGUCUGCGGGUGAAGCAGACACUGCUUUCGGACAUAACACUGCCAUCGGAGGACUCCCUGUGUCCGAUCUGUUGUGCCAAGCCCAUCACUGCCGUUUUCACGCCAUGCAAACAUCAAUCGUGCAGCGAUUGCAUCAUGCAACACAUGAUGAACUCCAAGGUGUGCUUCUAUUGCAAGACCACCAUUCACACGAUAGAAACACUGGACGGCACCGUGAUUUAUUCCAACGAAGAGGUAGUCCAGACGCCCCCCCUGGCUGAGAGAAUCUGAUCAGGGUCACCCACCGACAGCAAUCGGGGAAGAAUUCCUCGAGAGCCCAAUUCUAGUCACUCUAAAAAACAAAAACUCCUACGCUUACUGUGUAUGCAUGUACACGCAUAUAUAUUUAUAUACAUUAACUUCUGUUGUUUCGUAAGAUUUUUAUUUUAGUUGUAUGCUUGCCAUAAUUAGUUUAGAUGUGAUAUGCCGGAAACAAGCCUAAAUUAAAGAUGGAACAUGUUCCGAAUUAAAAGUAUGUUAGGUAGAACAAAUCUACGAUCUCCAUAUGUGCACAUAGUAUUCUCAAUUCAGUUUUCCAUAGUAAAGAAAUCUAUACCUUCCUACUGUCAAA